AUGCCGCCCUGGCUGCUCGGCAGCCUCUGCUGCGUGCUGGCGGCGCGGGCGGCGCUGGGCGGCGGCUCCGCGGGCGCGGAGGAGGAGGAGGAGGAGAAGCUGAUCCGGGUGCUGGUGCUGCUGCCGCAGGACGACGCCUACCUCUUCUCGCUGGGGCGGGUGCGCCCGGCCAUCGAGUACGCGGUGCGGAGCCUGCGGGAGAGCGGCGCGGGUCUGCCGCCCGGCUACACCUUCCAGCUCACCUACGAGGACUCGGCGUGCGGCAACCGCGCCCUGUUCAGCCUGGUGGACAUGGUGGCCCUGCAGCGCCGCCGCCCCGACCUGCUGCUGGGGCCCGUGUGCGAGUACGCGGCGGCGCCGGUGGCGCGGCUGGCGGCGCACUGGGACGUGCCGAUGCUGUCGGCGGGCGCGCUGGCCGCGGGAUUCGGCGCCAAGGGCGGCGAGUACUCGCACCUCACCCGCGUGGCCCCCGCCUACGCCAAGAUGGGCGAGAUGCUGCUGGCCCUAUUCCGCCACCACCAGUGGAACCGGGCCACGCUGCUCUACAGCGACAGCAACCCCGAGCGCAGCUGCUACUUCGCCAUGGAGGGCGUCCAUGUGGUCUUCCAGGAGGAAGCCUUCCACAUGGCCGUGCACAGCUUCGACGAGACCAGCCGCCACCUCGACCUCGACGACGUCGUCCGCGCUCUCCAGACCGGCGAGAGGGUUGUAAUCAUGUGUGCCAGCGGUGACACUAUCAGGAACAUCAUGUUGGCUGCUCAUCGGCAAGGAAUGACCAACGGGGACUACGCUUUCUUCAACAUUGAACUCUUCAACAGCUCAUCAUACGGAAAUGGCUCUUGGAGAAGAGGAGACAAACAUGACCUUGAAGCCAAGAAAGCAUACUUGUACCUCCAGACCGUCACUCUGCUGAGGACCGUGAAGCCUGAGUUUGAGAAGUUUUCCCUGGAGGUGAAAAGUUCUGUUCAGAAGCAAGGUCUUCAUGAGGAUGACUAUGUGAACAUGUUUGUGGAAGGAUUCCAUGAUGCUAUUCUUCUUUAUGCUCUAGCUUUACAGGAAGUCCUGAAGUUUGGUUUCACUAAGAAAGAUGGGGAAAAAAUUGUUCAGCAAACACGGAACAGAACAUAUGAAGGCAUUGCAGGGCAGGUGUCCAUUGAUGCUAAUGGAGACAGAUACGGGGAUUUCUCUGUGAUUGGAAUGACAGACCCAGAGGCAGGCACGCAGGAGGUAAUCGGGGACUACUACGGAAAGCAGGGGCGUUUUGAGAUUCGAUCAAAUGUGAAAUACCCUUGGAAUCAUGGCAGGCUGCGGCUAGAUGAAAGCCGAGUUUCAGAGCACACAAACAAUACACCAUGUAAAUCAUCAGGUGGUCUAGGAGAAUCAGCAGUUACAGGAAUAGUUGUUGGCGCCUUGCUUGGAGCAGGAUUGCUAAUGGCUUUUUACUUUUUCAGAAAGAAAUACAGAAUAACUAUUGAGAGACGAACUCGACGGGAGGACUGUAACAUGGGGAAACAUCGGCAGUUACGUGAAGACUCUAUUAGAUCUCAUUUUUCUGCUGCAUAAAGAAGAGGAAAAAGAAUCCCAUUCUUCCUAGGGAAAAAAAAAUAGGGAAAAGGACACAACCAAAGACAUCAGUGUAAAAAGAAGAGGCUCUUGAAGAACAUACUCUUUUAAGCAGUAAUUUUGUCCUAAUUUCUUUCAGAAGCUCAGGAAUGAUUUACUAAUCACAUUGUGCCGCAGGGCCUUUCAUCUCAUGAAAAAAGAAAAUUAUGCGGUUUGAUGUUAUAGGGUGUACUUGAUAUGUAAAGACAGUAUUUCUUAAGGCAUGUAUUGAGGGCAGCAGAUCUGGGUUUAGUUGAUGGGGAAUGCCUCACUGUGUUCCUUUCUUUUUUGUUUUUUUAGCUUCUGCCACCUCCUUCCAUAAUUGCAUCUCACCCUUGGGUAUCAAAUAUGGUUUCACAGGUGCAGGUGCUGGUUUGCUGUCAAAAGGAAAAAAAAGAGAUUUAUUUGGGGUAUGAUCCUGCAUCACUGAAUCACUGCCAUUGGUUAUAGGGGAUAUGAAUUUGGUGUACGGAGUUUAGUUCUGCAAGGAAACUGGCACUUGGGUGUAAUUAACUCUACUGAGAAAGUCAGGCACGUCGAAACACACAAGCAGUUCUUCCCUUGUUUGUGUGGUACCACAAUCAGAAGCACUGUUUCUCCCCCUUAAAUGCUGGGAGUUACAAAAAUCUCCAGUGAAGGAUGAGGAGUUUCAUUAGUGUGAAACAGUGAGAGAAGACAAUCAGGGCUUGGAGAGGACUGUUAAAUUCGUCAUUCUUACGUGUGUUUUACCACUCUUUUUUCUCUCCACUGCCAUGACUUUUCAGAGUGGCAAAUAUAGGCCAUGUCGAGCCUGCUCCUGUUCCCAGUGAAGUCAGUGGCAAAAUCCCAUUAACUUCAGUGAGCACAGGACUGCAUCCAAAACUGUAAAUAUGAAAGUGUUUGUAUAGCUGACGCAAUUCAAAAGGGGAUCUUUUUUUGUGUAAAAAUGACAUUCCAUGCUACCGUUUUAUUUUUAGGAUAUUUUUUAUCUUGUAUUUUUCUAUUAAAGUAUCUAUUUUUGCUUUGGUAGGAUUAAAAAUAAAGGAAGAGGAUGUUUUGAAGACAUAUUUUUUAUGAUAGGAGUAGUAUGCAGGGAAAGUCAACAGCUGUAAAUACAUUUUAGAACUAGCAUUUAGGGGACGAGAAGUGACUUUGUUGAUAGUAACAGACUUUCUUCUCCAGGCAUGUGCAACAUUCAAGUAGUUAUUUAAACAAUACAAAAGCAGUUACUGAGUUGUCUGCAUGAUGAUGGGGCUGAUGCUGAAAAUUGUGAAUUGUUUCACCUGUUAAAGAGUCCUGCAGAAGUUGGUGAGGUUUAGCUGUCCAUGUGUGUACAAUUGAACAUUCAAGGAACUACCUUCAGGAAUCGGGUGGUAAAACACUGUUCUAGUGCUGACUUUAAUCCUGCUGCCAUCAGUAUCCCUGGGACAUCUGCCAUUGAUUUUACCAGGAGCAAAACUGAAUCUCUGAUGAAUUAGUUACUGACAGGUUAUUUUAUACUAGACAGAGGAAAGUUUUGCACUUUCUAGUCAACAAAUGGAAAUAAACAGUACUUACUGUAAAUGUGGUGAAGAAGACCCAUAAAAUAUUGUCUGUGGGAAAAUCAAGCUAUGACUGUGGUUCUAGUGCAUGCAAUAUUUUGGUAUUUCAUAUAUCCAAUAUCCUAUUCUGAUUUAGUAAGAAAAACUUUCUGUUCUCAGCUAUCAUAGUCAGAUUUGAAAAUUACUCUCAAAACUGGCACUGAAGCCUGACUUCUACAAAACUUCUAGUCCCUGAGAAGCCAGGGUACCAAAUCCGAGAAACCACUUUGGGGUUGCUGGAAGUGAAUGAAGAGCAAAAACUGGCUAUGCCUCCUUUCUGAUGCCUUUUAUUUGUUGAUGGACUUUUUUUUCCCUUGUAUUUCACUCAUUUCUUAGCAUAUGGAGGGAUAUAAUACUGUCCAAUUUUCCAGACAGAGAGAGUGUAGGGCUUCUUGACUUAGGGCAGCUCCAGGACAGGAAGUAGAUUUCCAUCAUCCCACUGCCAGCUCUGGGCCUGUGUGACUUCUGCGAAGAUGCCUUGAGCAGGUUUCUGUAGCCUUCUUAUCUCAUGGGCACCAGAGAAGGAUUUAGGCUAGAGCAGCAUUCAUACUGCUGUGGAGCUGGAGAGAAAAAAAAGCUUUGUGAUUAGUUUGUGGAUUUUUUUUCCAAGCAGCUGAGUUUGUCUAGCCCUUGGGCAUGCUUAAGGUUUGGGUUUUUUUUAAAUACUUUCCAAGGCAGUUUUGAUCAGCUUCUUGUUUUGCAAAGGUGUGUUUCAGCAUUUUACUUCUUUUACUUGUUUAACUACUUUGCCACAGGAAGAAAAGGGAAGGAAAAUUCUUAUAUAUGUA